AGGAUCCUUGUUGAACAAUUGUUCUAAUAGAAAUCUGAAUUUAAAAAAAAAAAAAAAAACAAUCCUCUAAUAAAACGUUGUUACCAACAGAGUUUAUCACACAACUUUGAGUGAUGCCCUUUAUUUGAUCUCAGAAUGUGGCAUUUUGGACUCUGUUUCUGGUAAAAGAGCUUUGUCUCAACCCACUGACCCUCAUGGAUCCAGUUACCAGAGGCAGACAUGAAAUUUGGUGCCUUUUUGCAGCUGUCUAUUGGACACUUGUUUUCAGAACUGCUAAUGGUGACAUUAACAGCAAACCCCUGCAGAAUCCAGAAGCUAGCAUGAACAUUAGCCAGAUUAUUUCCUACUGGGGCUACCCUGGUGAAGCAUAUGAUGUUGUAACAGAAGAUGGCUUCAUUCUUGGGCUUUAUAGGAUCCCUAUGGGAAAGAACACUCUGAGAGAAAAGGUAACUCCAAGGCCAAUUUUCUAUUUGCAGCAUGGGAUGUUUGUGUCUGCCAAAACCUGGGUCACAAAUCCACCGGACUCCAGCCUCGCCUUUUUUUUGGCAGACUCGGGUUAUGACGUGUGGAUGGGGAACAGCCGUGGGAAUACUUGGUCCCGGAAACAUGUGCGCUACUCUCCGGAAUCCCCAGAAUUCUGGGCUUUCAGCUUUGAUGAAAUGGCUAAAUAUGACCUGGUGGCCACUUUGAAUUUCAUUGUGAACAAAACCGGUCAGGAGAAACUGUAUUAUGUGGGCCAUGACCAGGGCACCACCAUCGCUUUUGCAGCUCUCUCCACCAAUCCAAAACUGGCUCAGAGAAUUAAGAUGUUUUUUGCCUUGGCUCCAGUGGUCUCAGUACAACACAGUAAGGGCCCCCUAAAAACCCUGAUGUCUAUCCCCACAUACUUAUUCAAGGUUAUCUUUGGUAGAAAGGAGCUGUUUCCAAAGUCUGCCUUUGCUCAAUUCCUUAGCAGCCAAGUGUGCAAUCAGAAAGGGUUCAAUUUUCUCUGCACAGACCUCCUCUUCCGUGUAUAUGGAUAUGAUCGGGAAAACAUUAACAUGAGCCGCCUGGAUGUCUAUCUGUCCCAGAAUCCAGCUGGAACUUCUGUCCAGAACAUAAUCCACUGGAAACAGCUUCUCUAUUCUGCAAAGUUCCAAGCUUAUGAUUGGGGGAGCCCAGCUGCAAAUAUGGCCCAUUUUAACCAGGAGACCCCUCCCUUGUAUGACUUGGGAGCCAUCCAGACACCAAUAGCCAUAUGGAAUGGGGAACAAGACCGGUUUGUUUCCUCCAGAGAAGUGGAAAAUCUGCUCCCCCAACUCCCCAACCUCAUAUAUCGCAGGAAGAUCCCAUACUACAACCACAUAGAUUUUCUGCUGGGCCUGGACGCACCUCAGGAAUUCUUCUAUGAAAUUAUUUACUUGAUAAACACAAAGAUGAACUAUUACAGACCUUGUGGUUUCCUUGCUUCUGGCCGGGGUUUCAGGGUGGGGAGAGAGGAAACACAAGGAUGUUCCUCCUGGGUUGGUACAUUCCCAUUCCAUCCUUGUUGGGGAGGCGGGAAGGGGAAAAAGCAUUUGUUAACAACCACUGGACAGCAGGUGCUGGGCUGAACAUCUUCCCAAAUA